AUGAUGAAUUAAACUACUGUUGAUAAAGAGGUAUAAUGUUAUGCAAUAGCAAUUAAUAAAUAUAAUUCAAUCGUUGUAGCAGGGUAUGAUAAGUAAAUUAAAGUAUUUGAAUUGAUAUAAGAGAAAUUAAAUCAAAUUUAAGUCUUAAGUGAACAUUAAUCAUUUGUGUCUACAUUAAACUUCAUGAAAAAUUCAAAUAAUUUUGUAUCUGGAAGUGGAAGUGGAGAUUGCUCAAUUAUAAUAUGGUAGAUGAAUCAAAAUAAUUUCUGGACUUGCUAAAAAAAAUUAAUUGGGCAUUCCAAAAGUAUAACUACUUUAUUAUUAAAUAAUAAUGAAAAUCUUAUUAUUACAGGCAGUCAUGAUUCAUUUAUUAAAUUUUGGAAUAAAUAAAAUGGAUGGUUAUGUUAAUAAACCAUUAAAGAGCAUACUAAUAUUAUUUAUUCAUUAAGUUUAAAUGAAAUUUAAGAUAAACUGAUAUCUUGUUCAUCUGAUUCAUAAAUAUUAGUAAUGGAAUAUUCUGAAAAGGAUUAGAUAUGGAAUGUGAUAUAAAAGAUAAAAGUAUUAAGAUAAGGAUAUAGAUUGUGUUUUAUUAAUGAUAAUUAAUUCACAUUCUAACCUUGGAAUUAUGAAUAAAUGCAUAUAUAUGAUUUAAAUAGUAGUAAUAAAGAAUUUGUAAAAACCAAUGAAAUUAUUGUAAAGUCUGGCUCAACUAAUUGUGAUUAUUUAUUUCCAUAAUAAUACUUAAAAUCCAAAUGCUUAUUGGUGAAUAAGAAUGGUUAGAAUAUCAAUUUAAUAAGGAAGAAAGAGAACGGAUAGUUUGUAACAGAGUAAACUAUUCAAUCUGGCCAUCAUUUAAUUUAUGGUUAAUUAAGUGAAGAUGGUGAAUAUCUGAUCAUUUGA